CUUCCUGUGUGUCUUUCAUUUUUAAGAGCAGAGGAGCAAGAGAGUGUUGAGAGCAUUUCUGGGUGUGUGUUUAUAUAUAUAUACAGAGCUGCUUGAGUGUGUUGCAGAGGUAAUAGAGAGGUGAUCAGGAUGGAGAGCACGCUGAAGGAGAUGAGACAGGGCCCGACGGUUCUGGACAUGGACCCCAAAUCCACCGUCGGUGGCGGCGUCGCGGACGUGUACGGUGAGGAUCAAGCCACCGAGGAACUGCUUAUCACCCCCUGGACUCUCUCUGUUGCCAGUGGGUAUUCAUUGCUUAGGGAUCCCCAAUAUAACAAGGGGCUUGCAUUUACUGAGAAAGAGAGGGAUGCCCAUUACUUGCGCGGUCUUCUGCCUCCAAUAGUAGUGUCUCAACAGCUUCAGGAGAAGAAACUGCUGCAGAGCAUCCGACACUAUGAAGUCCCGCUGCAAAAAUAUAUAGCCAUGAUGGAACUUCAGGAGAGGAAUGAAAGACUGUUCUACAAACUUCUCAUUGAUAAUGUUGAGGAAUUGCUCCCAGUUGUCUAUACUCCAACUGUUGGUGAGGCUUGCCAGAAAUAUGGGAGCAUCUUCAAGCGCCCUCAGGGUCUAUACAUAAGUUUGAAAGAGAAGGGUAAAAUUCUUGAAGUGUUGAAAAACUGGCCUGAGAGGAAUAUCCAUGUUAUUGUUGUCACUGAUGGUGAGCGGAUUUUGGGACUCGGGGAUCUUGGCUGUCAGGGGAUGGGGAUUCCUGUGGGGAAAUUGUCUUUGUACACAGCACUUGGAGGAGUUAGGCCUUCUUCAUGUUUGCCUGUAACAAUUGAUGUGGGGACAAACAAUGAGCAGUUGUUGAAAGAUGAAUUCUACAUUGGUCUUAGACAGAGGAGAGCAACUGGGCAGGAAUAUUCUGAACUUCUACAUGAGUUCAUGAGUGCUGUCAAGCAGAACUAUGGAGAAAAAGUUCUGAUACAGUUUGAAGAUUUUGCCAAUCACAACGCUUUUGAUCUACUUGCAAAAUAUGGCACAACUCAUCUUGUUUUCAAUGAUGAUAUCCAGGGGACUGCAGCUGUUGUUCUUGCUGGCAUUGUUGCAGCACUGAAGUUGAUUGGUGGUACCCUGGCUGAGCAAACAUUCUUGUUCCUUGGUGCCGGGGAAGCAGGGACUGGUAUAGCUGAGCUCAUAGCUCUUGAGAUGGCAAAACAGAAAAAGGCUCCUGUAGAAGAGACCCGCAAGAAAAUCUGGCUUGUGGACUCGAAGGGAUUGAUUGUUAGUUCUCGUAAGGAUUCACUGCAAAACUUCAAGAAGCCUUGGGCUCAUGAUCAUGAACCUGUUAAGGAUCUCUUAAGUGCUGUCAAGGUGAUUAAGCCAACAAUUCUGAUUGGAUCAUCUGGCGUCGGAAAAACAUUUACAAAGGAAGUGAUCGAGGCCGUGGCCUCUUUUAAUGAUAAACCUGUCAUUUUGGCUCUCUCCAACCCAACUUCACAGUCUGAGUGCACAGCUGAGGAAGCUUACACCUGGAGUAAGGGUCGUGCAAUUUUUGCCAGUGGAAGUCCAUUUGAUCCUGUUGAAUACAAUGGCAAGACCUUUUUCCCUGGCCAGUCUAACAAUGCUUACAUUUUCCCCGGACUUGGUUUGGGUCUGGUUAUCUCGGGAGCAAUCCGUGUGCAUGAUGAAAUGCUUCUUGUAGCCUCGGAAGCCUUGGCCCAGCAAGUAACGAAGGAGAACUUCGAGAAGGGUUUGAUAUACCCGCCGUUCUCUAUUAUCAGGAAGAUUUCAGCUCAAAUAGCUGCUGGUGUAGCUGCUAAGGCAUACGAACUUGGGGUGGCUACACGCCUUCCUCGUCCUGAGAAUCUGGUGAAAUAUGCUGAAAGUUGCAUGUACACUCCACUCUACCGAAAUUAUCGUUGAAUGGUCAAUCAAUUACUCCAAGCCAUACUAUUUUGAAACCUCGUUAUCAAGCUACAUGUUGCAUAUGGUAGCUUUUAAGGAAAAAAUGGCUUGCGAAUUGAGUGUGUUAUAUAUGUUUCUAAAGUAUAUAAUAAUCAAGGUUUUGUACCUUUCACGCUUGUUGAUUCCAAUAAAGUUGUAAUAUUCUCCCA